AUGUCCUCGCUAACCGUGGAGGAGGAGGAGCAGACAUGGGUACCGACGCACGUCCAGGUGACGGUGCUCCGAGGCAGGGGCUUGCGGGGCAAGGGCAAGCACGGCACCAGCGACGUGUACGCCAUCAUCCAGCUGGGGAAGGAGAAGUACUCGACCGGCGUGGCGGAGAAGACCACCGAGCCGGAGUGGAGGGAGGAGUGCUCCUUCGAGCUGCAGCCCGGCGUGCUGCAGGGCGGCGGGCGGAGCGGCUACCCGGCCGGGGGCAGCGAGCUGGUCCUCACCGUCAUGCACCGGGCGCUGAUGGGGCUGGACGUGUUCCUGGGCCAGGCUGUGGUUCAACUGGACGAGGUGUUCAACCAGAGCCGAUGGGUGAAAAACCAGUGGUACCGACUCAACUCCAAAACCGGGAAGAAGGAGAAGGAACGAGGAGACAUUCAAGUCAGCGUCCAGUUCACCAGGAACAACCUGACAGCCAGCAUGUACGACCUCGUGAUGAAGGACAAGGGCACCUCCACCUUCAAUAAGCUCAAAGAACGCAUGAGGGGGAAGAGGAGAUCCAGUGAGGAGGACUCCUCCUCGGCCGUGGUGCCCGGUGGGAACGGCUCCGGGAGUCGGGUUCGGACCCGGCUGCCGAGCGAUGGAGGCGGUGAGGAGGACUACGAGGACGACGAGGGGGGGGAGGCCCGGCGGAGCAAGAUGAGGACCUUCUUCCUCCGAGGGAAGCUGAGGAAGUCGUCGGACACUCGCUCCAGCACGUCGCUCGGCUCAGAGAGCAGCGAGUCGUCUCGGGGGGGCAGCCUCAGUCCCACAGCCGGCAUCAGUGUGGUGGUGUCUGACCUCUCCAACUCGCCCAGCAACAGCAGCAACCUGACGGCAGACUACUCCCCAGAGCACACGGAAAACACGUCGCCCAAGUCGUCCUCGCUCAGAUGUGACUCCGGUGACGAGGCCGGUGAGAUCACCAUAGCAGUGCCUCAGCUUACUGUUAACGGAAGCCAUGCUUACAAAGUCCAGCCCCUGGACCCAGGCUCAGGAAAACCCGUCGACUCUUUAGGCCUGGGACUGUUGCAGAAGUCUCUGCCCGUGUCGGUGUCGCUACAGAACCUCAGCCCGAGGGCGUCCGCCGACCCUCACAAAGCCCCCGGGGGCGACGGGCGCCGCUGGUCCUUUGACAAACCCGGCGAGGAGGAGAAAGCAGCCAUAGCGGCGGCUUUGGAGCAAAGCGGGCCCAUGCAGGGUGAAGAGGAGGAAGAGGAGGAAGAGGAGCGUUUGGGUCGGGCCGCUCUGUCAGAGAGCCAGGGGAAGAAGCAGAGGGGGAAAGGGUCCAAGGACGGGGCGGAGGGGGCCCCCGCGGCCACCCCGGAGAAACACAAGGGCUGGUUCGGAUCCAAGGACUCGCACUGCAAACCAAGCCUGGUGGUGUCACCUAAACUAGACCCCAACACUGAUCCCCUCCCCUCUAGUCACCCCCCCUCGGGUCCCCCUGUCGAUCUUACCUCUCUGGUUUCUCCGCUGCAUCCCACUAACCCCUUCUGCCGCUCGGAGACCUCCCCACCUCCCAUAUCCCCCUGCAACCCUUUCUUCUCUGUCCGCAAGCACAACCCUUUCUAUGACGACAUGCUAACCACUCAGGACCCAACACCCACAUUGCCUCCUCUGCCCUAUCUCUCCAGCUCCCGGCCCCCCAUAGCUCAGCUCUUUCCGCCGGCGAGUAACCCCAGCCACACCGUGACCUGUGACAACCCAGCCACAGAGGACUCUGUCGUUGGCACCGAUGUUGCGACGGGUGACGGGAUGGCGGAAGUUGAGAAAGGUCUCCUUCCUCUUGCUCCCACGGAUGGAGAGAACCCUUUAAGCAAGGAGUUAUCCAACCCUUUAAUGUCCGCUGGGCAGCUGGAGUCAGAGUGGGACGAAUGUUUUGAAGAGUUUGCAGCUGGCAGGCUCCAGUCUCCAGAGGACCUGAGCACAGAUUGCAAAACACAGCAGAACACGCCCAGUGACCAUCCGCUGGAAAACUGCAAUAAUAAAGAAACGUUACUGCCCAUAACGGAUCGGAACACUAGUGAAAGUGACGCACUACAUCAUCACCCCUGCACGACAGACCCGUCCGACGCUCAAGAAGCCACUGACGCAUUUGCACAUCUCCUUGAAACAAUCCCAGAACAGAUCAUGUCUGAAAGCGACAACACAACUUUGAAUCCUCCUCCUGAUUUAUCAAAGCUUGACGCCUGCACGGACACUAAUCAAGCUAGCAGUACCACUAACACUAACAUGCACCAGACCCCCUGUAACACCUCGUCCACACAGCUCAUCAGCAGCUCCCCGGAUCCUGCUUCAUCAGGUCUCGGCAGCUCGGUCGAGGACGACAUCCACUCCGGUCUUUCUUCUUAUGCCGAUAGACUUUCUGCAUCCUCCUCCUCCGAGGAAUCUGAGGCACGGAACUUUGAGAGCAACAUUCAACAUCCUGACGCCGCUUUGUCCGAAAACCAGAAGCCCUCAGAGUCCGUAGAUGACAUCACCGACCGGUCAAACGAUUGGACGGUGUUAGAGGUCGCACAGGAGACUGUUGUUCAGCAGCAGGAUGGGGAUGGAGGUCCGGACAAUUCAGAGGCACCACAGUCCCCGGUGAUUCCACAUCAGGAGUCUGAGAUCACCGCAAGAGAGUCAGACACUAAAGGUGAAGAAACGGAGACACUAAACCUUCACGACGUCCCGGACUUGUUGCCGAACGUCUCUGAAGUACAACUAGAAUCCAACAACUCUUCACAGUCUGAUGUGUUCAAAAGCCUUAUUUUGGAUUUCUCUGAGGAGUUUAAGGAUAGUUCUGGAAACAACAAUACAGACGUCAACAUUCUUGUGACUCCAGAUGAUGAGUUCUCCUCCAAGCUCCCAUCGCUGUACGUCCUGACCUCCUCCCCUGAUCUGAAGCAGCGUUUGUUGGACACCAGUUUAGGACGACCGGAGGCGAGCCGGUCCAGUCCGGUGUCAUUUGGGGCUUUCGGUGAAACCAGACCCGGCCUGGACUUCGACAGCACACUGUUGCACACUCAGGUGUCGGAUCAGAGCUCCAGCAGCUUCCUCCAAAGCCUUUAUGUCAGCACCGACUCGCAGGAUUACCAGACUUGUGUGUCUCACUCGUCCUCCAGCGUCUCGGAGCUCGACGAGACGCCGCUCUCUGCGAACUCAACGCUCUGCGGUGAGCUGAGCGACAUUCAGACACCUGCUGACGCUGCUCUGGGCCUAGAGGAGUCCACCGGUGCAUCCUCGUCAUCGAGCAGAAAAGUCAACCAAACCAACAGAUUUGAAGAAUAUGAUGACAAGACAAAAUUCAUGAUGGGGGAGGAUUUUGAUCUAGAAGUUCUUCCUGCAGCACUUACAGACUCUGAGGAGAGCUGCGGUCCAAAGAGGCUCGGUGAGGAAAACCAGACGGAUGACGAGUUCUCAAGAUCUGCUGUGCUCCACCGCUCCCACUCCGAGGGAACCCUGACGCCCGGCUUUGACGAGCUCCUCCUGCCCUCCUUCGGGAGCGACCCCGGUGCGAUUCAGGAGUCCUUGUCGGUUCCACCAGACCUCGCUCUCCCCUCUCUGACCUCCUUUGCUCCCUCUUUAAUGCUAAGUAGCUCCUCUCUAGUGCUCCGCUCCUUCCCUCCCCUUGCUUUGGCGGGGUCACCACCCAGCACGGCUCAAGCUGCUGAGCCCGAGGAGACCCAGGAGCAGCAGCAGCAGCAGGCAGCCAGUCAGCAGAACAGCCCCCACCCAGUGAGGCCCCUGACCACUGCCAUGCUGGCUGAGGAGAAGCGGACUGAGGGCCGGUCAGUGCUGGCCACCGGCCUGGAGAAGCUCAAGUCCACCAUCCACCCAGGGAGGAGCAGCCAGGUCAGCGAGGCGGAGACGGACAGGAGGAAGGCUCAGUCUCUGACGGAGGGGGCGGGCUCGUACUACCACCUGACCCACAGCGAACUGGUCGCCCUGCUGGGGCAGCGGGAGGCGGACCUGCGGCGGCAGGGGGCGGAGUUCGAGCGUCAGCGGGUCCUGCUGGCCAAGCGGGAGCUGGAGCUGAGGAGGCUGAAGCCGCAGGUUCGAGACCUGGAGGACUACAUCGACACGCUGCUGGUGCGCAUCAUGGAGCAGAAGCCCACGCUCCUGCAAGUGGGCUCCAAGCUCAAGUGACAGAGGCAGGGGGUGGGAGGGGGGGGGUGGUUUGCAGUCCGAUCCUCAUCUGUUCACUCUUAACCUCCACAACAGCUCUUUAGUCUUUUCACUGCUACGCUGUCCUUUUUGAUACCAAUAUUUAGGCACCGAGAGACGUCGAGGCCACGAGUCCGGGCCGGCUGAAGGUGGCUGGGGCGGUUCUGAAGGUAGCGGGUCCUCAGGUUGCUUUCAGGUUCACACGGCACGUUGUUUCUUUUUACGGCCGGGUCUAAGGACCGGGUUCUUCUUGGGUUCUGAGGGUCCCCGACUGUUGAAACACGGACUCCUCCUUUUCACCUCACGUCUCACUUCUAUCACCUUAUCACAAGAGAGAGGAACUGCAGAGGGUUCGGUCCAUAACAACGUGUAAACAACCGAUAUCGCACAAAGACCAUUGAAUACAGAUUGAUGCAUCAGCUCCAGUUUCCUUGAGGUAGACGUCGGGUUCUGUUUGUUUCAGUCCAGCUUGAAAAUCAGGGUGUGGAGACUUGAAACCAGCUUGAGAAGAGAAUCCAUCACAGGUCACAUCUUCUCAGCUUUUGCCUUUUUCUCUUCACAGUGGAUUUCAGAGCUGGAGCUGUCCCCCCCCCCCCC